UAGGCAUUAGUCGUUUGCACGCAUUCAAUGCUAUUACUCUGCUCCAUGUGCCAGAAACAAUCUAAACAAAGUCGCGCAAAAAAUGUUUUUAAUCAAAACUAUUAAAUCGUAAAGAAUUGAACUCGCGUUGGCUCCACUCAGUUCGGCUAAUUUGCAGAGGCGCCAAAAAAAAAAUAUAUAUAUAUAUAUUACUUAUAUAUUUACAAUCUGCCGGUGUUGACGUCUUGGCAAACAGCCCAAUCACCUAAGCGGGGAAAUGUAAACAACAACAGGAUGAACAGCCGCAGGAGAAGAGAUUGAUGUGCAAGCUGAAGCAACUUCAAAGAGUAAUAACAUAAAAAAAAAGAAGAAGCCCCAUCGAUUUGGAAAAAUACAUCGUUAGGCAAACAAUUAAACGAUGGCCAUCAACGUUUGGGGCCUAAAUCAUUUUGCCAUUAGCGCGAUCGUGAUUGCCAGCAUGCAGUUAUUGUUCUUCCUAUUGAACGCACUGCUGCACAUGGACAAACUGUCGGACUUUGCCGGCGGCGUUAAUUUCAUUAUCAUCGCAUUGCUCACCUUUUUUCUGGGCCAACUGGAUCGCCCCUCCAAGGCCUACGAGAGUCGUCAGCUGAUGGUAACUGCGUUCGUAUGCCUUUGGGGCGCAAGGCUCUCUGCCUAUUUGCUCUAUCGUAUCAUAAAAUUGGGUAGGGACAAGCAGUUCGAGGAUACGCGUCGCAACGUCAUACGCUAUGCAGUUUUCUGGACAUUUCAGGCUAUUUGGGUGUAUAUCGUUUCGCUGCCUGUCAUUAUUAUCAACUCGCGUCACACCCAGCCGCAGGCGAACAAGGGCAUGUCAACGUUGGACUCCACUGGCACGGGCAUGUUUAUUGUCGGUUUGUUGGCCGAGACAUAUGCGGAUCUGCAGAAGUUCUCCUUCCGUCAGGAUCCUGCGAAUCAGGGCAAAUUUUGUAAUGAUGGGCUCUGGGGCCUCUCCCGGCAUCCCAACUAUUUUGGCGAGGUUAUCGUUUGGUGGGGCAUCUUUGUCAUAUCGUUAAACGUGAUCAGCGGCCACGAGUGGGUCGCUAUAGCAUCGCCCAUCUUUACCACACUGAUAAUACUAUUUCUAUCUGGCAUACCGCUCCGCGAGCGUAGCGCUGAUGAAAAGUACAAAAACCAAGUGGAUUAUCGCAAGUACAAGGCGACGACCUCACCGUUGAUACCUGUGCCGCCGGCCAUUUACGAGGAGGUGCCACGCGCUCUCAAGUUUAUACUGUGCUGCGAGUUUCCCAUAUAUGAUACACUGCGGCUGCACAACGAUACCAGUCCCUAUUCUCUGUCCAUAGCGCGCUCGCACUCGCACAUAUAGCAGUCAGUGGCCCACUCCGGCAGCCAAAACGCUGGGGUGGGUCAACACACGCACUCGUCGCUUCAAUCGCAGCAACUGCACCGGGGUCACUGCUAUGGAGCCGACGGCGGCCUGGCUGAGAGCCAUCAUAACUGUGGCGGCAGCUGCCGGAAUGUGCACGUCAAGUCAAAUCCCUAUCAAUGCGAGGCGGGCUAUGGCAACUAUGGUGGGCGUCACGUGGACGAUGAGGAUACGGACGAUGGCAGCAUAUAUGUGGCGGGUCACACGGGCAUCAAGGCCAAGACGCACUACUUUCAUGCCGUGCCGCAUACGCUGGACUUGGAUGAGCCGAACAGCAAGCAGCCUACAAAAUGCAGCUACCUGGCCGAGGAGGAGCUGGCCUCCGACUAUGACGAGGAUAUUCCGCCCAUCGACCUGAGCAAGGUCAAUAGCGUUGAGAGUUUCAAGAAUCGUGUGCAGACCGAAACCGAGCAUUCCCUCAAUGCCGAAGGAAUGCCCGUGACCGUGACUACAAUAUUGUGAUUGACAUUUAAGACAUUUGUUGUGGCUCAAAACCGUGGGUAUAAACGCUUUAAAUAGUUCUAAAUGUGCUUAAGUGUGUUGAAUACACACACACAAACACACACACAUAUACAUAUAUAUAUAUAUAAUAUAUAUACCCAUUAUCGAUAUGCUUAAGUUAGAUCUUUUCAGGGAUCUUUUCCAGAAAACUUUCCAAAAAAACCAGUGCCAAAAACUAGUGCAUAACUACUUAAAACAUGAGUGCGCUGCAUCUCAUAAAUAAAAAACAUAUAUAUUUUGCUCAAAAUUUGAAAACAAAAAGGCGCCUCUUCUAAAUGUCUUUAGAAUGUUGCACUCUUUCAAACUUAAUUAGCCACUUUGUUGAUUGGUGAGAGUUCUAUUCUUAAAAAAAAUAUAUAUAGUAUAUAUAAAAAAGAAACCAUUAAUUACUUUAUCUCAGCAAUUUUCUAAUCAAUCGUAUGAAGAACAAGCCCCACCAAAAAACAAAAAAUAAAUAA